AUGACUGAUCUGAGGGCAAUGUUCGCUCGUCUUAGCUUAUUAGAUGAUGGCAGUUUAUUGGCUGAGAUUGAGAAUGGUAAUACGGUGGAUUUUGGGCUGAAUAGUGAAGGGGUACUCUGUUUCAGAGGUAGAAUUUAUGUGCCUAAGGAUACUAAUUUGAGGCAGAAUUUACUACGAGAGGCGCAUAGUAGCCCCUAUGCUAUGCACCCAAGUCGAAAUAAGAUGUACAGAGAUCUCCACGAGGAAAGGGUAACUAUGGAUUUUGUGAGUGGGUUACCCCUAACUCCCUCUAAGAAAGAUUCAGUGUGGGUCAUUGUGGAUCGAUUACCCAAAACUACCCAUUUCAUACCAGUUCGCAUAGAUUAUUCAUUACAGAAACUGGCUAACCUGUAUGUAUCCGAGAUAGUGAAAUUGCAUGGGGUAACAGUUUCCAUAAUAUCUAACAGAGAUCCUCGCGUCACGUCUCGGUUUUGGAAGAAGUUACAAGAAGCUUUGGAUACAUGA